GUUCUAUUUCAUUAUUUCUGCCGUAGCCAGUCCAAUCCCACGCAACUAGAUGCGGGACUCACCUCUGAACCCCUUCCGGUUUAUCGCAUGCUUCCCCUUAAAUUUAGCUAGCUAACAUAUCUGAAACAUAAUAUAUAGACAACGUUAGGAGUUAAUAAAACACUUUGGUUCCAUCAUUUAUACAUUUCCUCAUCUGAAAUUGUGACGGUCGAAGAAAGCAUGAAUAUUCGCAACGCGAGGCCGGAGGACCUUAUGAACAUGCAGCACUGCAAUCUACUGUGUCUCCCAGAGAACUACCAGAUGAAAUACUAUUUCUACCAUGGACUGUCCUGGCCACAGCUCUCCUACAUCGCUGAGGAUGAAAAUGGCAAAAUAGUGGGAUAUGUUUUGGCCAAGAUGGAGGAGGAUCCAGAUGAUGUCCCCCAUGGUCACAUCACAUCCCUGGCUGUCAAGCGCUCACACAGACGUCUGGGUCUGGCUCAGAAGCUGAUGGACCAAGCCAGCCGAGCUAUGAUUGAAAACUUCAACGCCAAAUAUGUCUCACUUCAUGUCCGGAAAAGUAACCGAGCAGCCUUGCACCUGUACUCCAACACACUGAAAUUCCAGAUUAGUGAAAUAGAGCCCAAGUACUAUGCAGAUGGGGAGGAUGCCUAUGCCAUGAAGAGAGACCUAGCUCACAUGGCUGAUGAGGUCCCACAGUUGAGGAAGCCAGGAGUGAAGGCACUGGGUCAGGAGACCCUUACUGCUACGACCACACCCGGUGACCAGGAGAAAGAGGGAGAGAGGGACAGUGGCGGAGAGAGCAAAGAACUCAGUGAAGUUAGCGAAGCAACAGAGAGCACAGACGUCAAAGAUUCAUCCUCUGAUUCACAAUGACUCUGACCUCUUUAGUAGCCAUUUUUAAAUUUCACCAUGAAAGUUACUUAUUACACUUUUUAUCUCUUUCCAAAUAGGAAAAAACAGAUUUGACUUCAGUCUUCACCCGGUGUUCAUCUUCAACUAUUCACCUCAGUUACUUUGCAUAUUUUACCUUCACACCGUACAGGAACAUAUUUGACCUUCAGUGUACACAGAGUAAUAUAUUAUACCUUUACAGCGUACACCAUACAGUAGUAUAUUUUACUAUUACUGUGUUCACCAUACAGUAAUAUAUUUGACCUUUACAGUGUACACUCUACAGUAAUAUAUUAUCUUUACGGUGUACACCGCACCGUAAUAUAUAUUUUACUUUACACUGUACAGUAAUAUAUUUUACCUUUUAGAGCAUACACCGUACAGUAAUAGUUUUUUUCCCCCAUAACUUUCUCUGUUGUCAUUAGUGACAAACAAAGCAAAUUGAGAAUUGGUUGAAAGGAAUGUUUUUGGAACUGGAAUGAAAAUGGAUUUUGAGCUAAAAUUCACGACUGGUUCCAUAAGUUUAAAAAAUAUAUAUAUAUUUGAUGUUGUCACUAGUACUUCAUCGUCGGCCACCCCACCCAUGAAAUCAUAACCAGUGUUUUUGGAUGUGUCUAAAUCAGGUCUGUUAAGUAUUCUUCAAAAUAAAAGUUUCAAGUAAUACAUUUU